GACAAAGAGGUGGAGCUAGGUCAAGGAGAUAAGAAAUGGUGUCGAUCCAUUUCCACUCACGCUCUCGUGCAAGGAGAAAGUGUCGUCACACUGGUUACGGUAAGGAUACAAUGGAGGCUUUGCGCCGAAUAAUGAAACGUUUGACGAGAAGGCUGAAAAUGUUAAAACGCUUGCUAAAAAAGUUCUGUUGGAACAAGAAGAUCGACAAGCUUGUGUACUACCAUGACAUGUUCAUGAAGGUGAAAGGAAAAGUUUACAAGAACAAGUGUGUUCUUAUGGAAAGCAUGCACAAGUCUAGCAGGGAGAGAAAGUUUUCCGGAAGCGAGAUGCGUUUGGCUCUGGAGCCUGAAGGAGAGAAGACUGCAUCAGCACCUCAAUAAGAAGAGUAAGAAACCCAUCUUCGCAUGGUGCAUGUUCUUGGUCUGCGGUUAAGCAAAGAAGAUGAGCUUUCCUAAAAAAUGUUAAAGAUCUCGAUAUCUUAGUGUUGACGGGGUCCUUCAUCCUUGGUACUCAUUGUGAACCCAAAAGAAACCACAAUGUGUUCCUCUACUUGAUUCAUCCGAUCAUUUUCACCAGCUUUCUUUCUUCAUAAGGCGUUGAAGAGAGAAAUAUAUAUCCGAUUCAUUGGUCUUCUUUCUUUUUCGGCUCUAACGAAACCAAGAAGAUUUGUUGUUUAAAGGAUGAAGAUUCUGGAGUUCUUAGGUAAAGCGUUGUGGCUUCAAUUGACGACGACUUUUCGGCCUACUGGUUUGAAGCUCUGUGACAUCGGAGAACGAUGCCGGCGAUCUACCGCUUCCGGCAAUCUACCGCUUCUCUUACGCGUGUUUUUGCUUUCUUUAGGAGGUGACAAUUGCCUGUGUGCUGUCUUGCUUAUCUCAUCCAUGACGGUUUAUUGUAUUAGAGUUAAUUUGUUUCUGUUGUUAGACUUAAUUUGUUUUUUUUGGGCUUUGUUUAAUUUGAUUGUUUUCAAAUAAAAAGAUGAAUGUUCAGCGUUAUAAAAAAAA